UCUAAAACAGAGUCAGAUCAGCCCAGGGACAAGCUCCUCACUCCUCACACCUCUCCUCCUCUCCUCCUCUCACUCCUCUCCUCACUCCUCUCCUCUCCACUUGGAUAUUAUUCGUCUGACCGAAGGCCGCCUCCAUCAUCAAGUGACAGCCCUCUCCUAUUUAUUUGCUUAUAAACCUGUUACAAUAAAUGAUCAUUGGAGCAACGUCAGCCGAGCAUUUUAACAACGAACAGCAACCACUUUUGAUGAAUGACAGUUUGCUGCUGCUGCUGCUGCUGCUGCUGCAUGUGCCGGGGAGGAUGCGCGUCUCAUCCUGAGCAGCAGUCGCUCGUCGAUUGCAUUCAGAUUCUUUCAUUCUGGCGUCUUGCUUAUAAAAAGCUUUAGAGGCAGUUAUUUAGAGACAGUUGCUGAGUUGCAUGCGGAUUUAAGCUCCGAUACAACUCAUUGCUGCUCCAGCCUCCUGGACAAGUGUUGUGGGUGUGGGUGUGUUGUGGUGUGGAGUGGUGUGUUGUGGGUGUGCUUGCGUGUGUGUGGUGUGUGUGUGCGUGUGUGUGGUGUGUGGGAGAGUGUGUGUGUGGGUUUUCUUCCCCUCCUUGUCUUGCACAGCUUAAUGAUGGAGAGGAUAAGAAAAGAGAUGAUAUUGAUGGAGAGAAGUCUGCACAGUCCCGUCGCAGGGAAGAGGCUCACAGACACGCCAGGAAACUCAGUGCUAGAGGCCCUGGAAAACUCUCAGCACAGCGGACGCCUAAGCCCGAGAAUAACUUCGGCUUCUCUCCAUGGAAAUCUUGGGGACAUCCCGACCAAGGGCAAGUUUGAAAUUGACAGUCUUUUCGGCACGCAGCACCACAGCAGCGACAACAACUCGUCGGCGGAAAUUUCCUCGUCAGAGAGCAGGAAGAAAAUGAGCCUUUACUCCGAAGUUUCGCAAGAAUCAGAUAUUAACAGUGAUGUGGAGGUGGGAUGCCCCGGUCACCGCUCCCCGAGUCAGCACAAGGAAAACAACAAAGGUUUUUCAGACAGUAAUUCAGCCACGUCCAACACGAGCUCAAACUCCCUCUCGAACAUGAACGGUAAUUCAACGGGAGGAUCGAACAAUUCAAAUAGCGACCAGGUCAGACGCUAUCGGACUGCUUUCACUCGGGAACAAAUCGGACGCCUGGAGAAAGAGUUUUACAGGGAAAAUUACGUCUCCAGACCACGACGAUGUGAAUUAGCGGCAGCGCUGAAUCUGCCCGAAACUACAAUUAAGGUGUGGUUCCAGAACAGGCGCAUGAAGGACAAAAGGCAGCGUUUGGCGAUGUCUUGGCCUCAUCCCGCAGACCCCAGCUUCUACACUUACAUGAUGACGCACGCGGCGGCAACAGGAAGUCUUCCUUACCCUUUUCAUUCGCACAUGCCUCUACAUUACUACCCGCACGUCGGUGUCACCGCAGCAGCGGCCGCCGCCGCCGCCAGCGGCGCCGCCUCGUCGCCUUUCGCCACCUCCAUCCGUCCCUUAGACACCUUCCGUGCUCUCUCCCAUCCUUACUCGCGGCCGGAGCUCCUCUGCGGCUUCAGGCACCCGGGACUCUACCAGUCGCCCGCAGGCCUGAACAGCUCCGCGGCGGCAUCGGCGGCGGCGGCAGCCGCGGCAGCGGCAGCGGCGGUGAGCGCGCCGUCCGCCACCGGGCCUUGCUCCUGCCUCAGCUGCCACAGCAGCCAGGCGGCGAGCGCGCUGGGCGCGAGGAGCACCAGCGCUGACUUUACCUGCACAGCUUCAGGCCAAAGAUCCGAGAGUGGAUUUUUGCCGUAUUCUGCUGCUGUUCUCAGCAAGACUUCAGUGCCGUCACCAGACCAACGAGAAGAGACUUCACUGAACAGAUAACUCAUCACGCAGCCAACGCCACACUUUCUUAUUGUGCUCUGUAUAGCCCUACUUUAUAGGGGAACUAAGCCUGUACUUUAAAUGUCACACCUGGGUGAAGCAUUCCGCACACACAAACACGGAAAUGUAUUUCUUUUAAAAUCUGAUUCCAGUUCAAAAUAACUCUUUAUAAUAUAAAAAAAGGACAAGAAUAGCUAAUCACCUACAUUUUUUGCAGCCCAUUAAGACUUUUCUAAAGGCUUGUGCCGUUGUGUUUGUGCCAGUGAACCAAUUUUUAAAUGGACUGUGCUGGAUGCGUAUUUGAAAGUAAAAAAAAUAACAGUGUACUCAUACAGUCCCCAUGCCUCGAUCAAGAUUGCAAGUGGAUGUUAUUUGUUUUGGCCGUUUCUACACACAUUUAACUUUAAAUGGACAGAGACUGGGUCACAUUCUAUAUCAUUUCUGCGGCUCAAAUCCAGCCCUGGCUACAUACCUUCACUUCUCUUGUUUAAAAGACACAAACGUGGGUAAUUAUACUGUCUAAAUAUAGAUAGCACAAGGUCCUGCUUGUGUGCCCAGCAGCAUAUCUUUCUUCACUAUAAGGCCUAAUAGACUGUGAUUUUGGCAGCAAUAGCUUCUCCAACACCCUGCCUCUGCUCUGUGGGGACACUCCUAAUCAGCUGGAAGGCGCAUAUAAUUUUGCACCGCGUCUUUCGUUGUCAAUUUUUAUGUUAAUAAUGAGAGGAUCAUGACAAAAAUUGCCAAUCAUGUACCUAGAUGGAGCUCCUUUGAAUACAUGACUGGAAGAAAGUUCCUCGUUUUGAGACCCGCUGUCAAGUGCUAACAACCCGCGGAGGGAAGUCAUUAGACAUACAAAAGACCUGGAACAAGGCGACAGUCCUGGUACACACAAAUGCACUGUAUAAAGAUAAUAUCUGACACAUGGAAGGCUAAAAUAUAUCAUAUACGCAGCAGCCUAUAAAGGCUGCCUCAAAAUGUUCUCUCUCUGGUAAUGGGAAAGUCUAUGAUACAUUGACCAUCCUCUUUAUUUACAUGGCUGAGGCUCAUUAUAUCAAACCCAGUAUUUUCAUAUGUGUAAUCCCUGUAGGAGCUUUUUCACUCAGCACGGUGACGGGACUGAGCAGCCAGCAAAGCGAAAGUUCAGAUACAAUAGUCUGGCUUUACAAUCUGUCUGCGCCAUGCUGUAAAAACAAAAAAUGGCUGCGUGCUAUUUUAUUCGUUCCUGUUGGGACAUCACCAAUAUGUUAAUUAUAAAACUGUAAAUUGUGAGAUAUUUUGCAAUUGCCAUGGAUAUUCCUACUGAUUAUAAAAAGAGUACAAAAACUAAAUUAUUGAUCCCUGAACUGUGGAUGGUAGGCUAUUUUUGAACACUUUUAUUAUUGUUUGUUUAUUUAUUUAUUUAUUUCGUGUGACUUGCUGAAUGUUUUUUGUUUUUUUAAUUAUUAUUUUUAUUAUUGUUGUUGUUGUUGUUCAAAAACACUGUGGAUGUACACUGUAACAGCCUACGAAUUGGCCUGUAAAAUCACCACUGGUCCAAAUUCACGAUUUGUAUUUCGUAGAGGGGGGGUAUUAAGACUGAAUUAUGGAGAUGGAGAACAUUUGUUUAUACUGUCCACUCAAAAGAGGCUUUAAAAAGGGCUGAUGAAUGAGCACUGAAAUUAAAUGAUGGAAACAGUA